AUGCGUUUCGCCAAGCACGUUCUUCCUCUCGCCCUCGUCAUCACCGGCGUCAUCGCCGCUGGUGAUGAGUCUACCACCGAGGUGGCCAAGGCCAAGGCUACUGCCACCGACGACAAGGCCACCCAGACCACGAACGAGCCCGACGAGACCAAGGGGUCCGACAAGACGGAGGAGGCUGAGCCCACGGCUACCGGAGACGACAAGGACAAGGACAAGGAGACCGAGACUGAGAAGAACAGCAAGGCCAAGGUCACCUCUGCUACCGAGACGGAACAGUCGAUUGUCUCGUGGAACCCUCCCCAGCCCUCGACCAUGGCUCCCGACAUCAAUGCUUCCUCCCGCUCUAUCCAGACCUCGGGCUACAUGGCCCUGACCAUGGUGGGCAUCGUGUCCAUCGCCGCUGCUUUCCUAUGA